AUGGUUGUUGCUAUGAACCAAGAUCCAUCAACCUUCGCUGCUGAUAAUGAUGAGAGGCCUUUUAGGUGUCAAUUUUGUUCUCGAGGAUUCCAUAGAUUGGAACAUAAAAAGAGACAUGUAAGAACACAUACAGGGGAAAAGCCACACGUUUGUAAUUUCCCACAUUGUAAAAAAGGCUUUAGUAGACGUGAUGAAUUGAAAAGACAUAUUAGAACACACUUAGGAAGUUCUUAUCGGAGAAUUAGAAAACCAACAAAGACAACAAAAGCAGGAGAAGACAUCCAAAAAUCCAUUUCUAACGAUAAUAUUUGCAGUAGUACAGAUACAAGUGAUACGGAAACUUACCAUAAGGUACCUGUAACUUCGUUCCUUACAACUGUUCUUAACUUUGCAGAUGCUCCUAGCCGUCCUAGUCAUGAAGAGAAUAUGUGUCGUCGCGAUGAUUUCUUAACCACAUUACCACCAGUAAGCUAUCUUGUCGCAGCAGCAAGUUCAGUCAGGAAACCCUCAAAAACCUUACAAUCUACUUCGGAUAUACUCCCGUUGCGCUCUGUGAGGUCCACAACGUCUUCCUCUACGCUCUAUAGUAAUCACCCAGUGGCCGGUACUUCGAAUGUUUCUUUGUCUUCCACCGGGACAUUAUCUGCAACAUUGAGUGCCAGUAGUUCUCAUGACAGACAUCUAUCUUCGUCCUCUAUCGCAUCACUCCCAAAUAACGAAGCUACAAAUAGUCAGAUGUUUCCGAACCCUAUUCAGUCUAAAGAAUUUUCGUCACAAUCACUCUACAAUAAUUAUUGUUACCGCAAGAAUCAAGAGCAGGCUCAUGUUUUCGGUAAUGAUCAGCAUGUAAGGAAAAUUACAAAUAUAAACUAUAUCUCGUCAUUGACACCUUCACCGUCAAAUACCGCCUCGCCAGUAUCUUCAAAGCACAAUGUUGUGUCAAAUAAUACUAAAGGGUCUCUCGAACAUUUAUUAAACCCUGUAUCACCAAUACGCAAAGAAGAACCUAACAUAAUUUCCAGAAAACUACACAAACGUGAUCAUAAAGUAAGAUUCCAAAUAUCCACCGAUGCAGAGGAGUUAGGAGAAAAAGGGGACUAUGAUGAAGAUAUAACAAGGAAUCCAACGCAUACAACCGUUACAGAUAAAAGUACGGCUCCACAAACGGGGAUAAAAUAUAAGCUACCACAAAAUAAUUAUGACAGAGCCCCAAUUGCAUUACCUUCUAUUAAUCAUGUUGUCAAACAAAUUGAACUGUUCAGUACGAAUGCGAACAACUAA